AAAGCGCGUCCCUCGCUUCUAGAAUCUACAGAAACCAAUCAUCGCCUCUCUGAUAGUGGCGGGAAAUGGCUCAUUGGAUGGUCUUUUAGCUCAGCUUAUGUGACGCAAUACUGAAACUGCUAUAUAGAACGGUACGUCUUGGGUAGGAUAUUAUUCGACUGAAUUUUCUUCGGAUUCAUCAUGUCUGAUACCGCAAAGCCUGCGCCCAAGAAGGGCUCCAAGAAAGCCGUCAGCAAGUCCGCGGCAAAGGGCGGCAAGAAGCGCAAGAGGACCAGGAAGGAAAGCUAUGCCAUCUACGUGUACAAGGUCCUGAAGCAGGUCCACCCCGAUACUGGUAUCUCUUCUAAGGCCAUGAGCAUCAUGAACUCCUUCGUCAACGACAUCUUCGAGCGCAUCGCUGGUGAGGCAUCCCGCCUGGCGCAUUACAACAAGCGCCACACCAUCUCCUCCAGGGAGAUCCAGACCGCAGUGCGGCUGUUGCUGCCCGGUGAGCUCGCCAAGCACGCCGUGUCUGAGGGAACCAAGGCCGUCACCAAGUACACUAGCUCUAAGUAAAGUGGUCAUCGAUCUUUUCCCAACACAAAGGCUCUUCUAAGAGCCACCCAAAAUCUCACCCGAA